GAUAUUGAUGAAUGUGUGUCAUCACCAUGUAAAAAUGAUGGCCAAUGUAAUAAUGAACUAGAUCGGUUCUCGUGUUCCUGUCAAUCAGGGUUUACUGGUAUAUUCUGUGAAGUUAAUAUAGAUGACUGUGAUGGAGUGCUCUGUCAGAGUCGUAAUGCUACCUGUAAAGAUCUGGUCAACAACCAUCAAUGCGUGUGUAAAGAUGGUUUCACAGGUACUGAUCCCAAUUGUAUAGAUAUAAAUGAAUGUGCUUCAAAUCCAUGUGUUCAGAGUCAAACUAUACGCUGUGAUAAUCUGAUUAAUAAAUACCACUGUCAAUGUGUACCAGGUUAUACUGGUGAAAGAUGUGAAAUAGAUAUUGAUGAAUGUCAAAUUGAUCCAUGCCAAAAUAAUGCCACUUGUGUUCAAGAUAUAAAUUCCUAUAGAUGUAUAUGUUUACCUGGUUAUAAUGAUAAAAACUGUAGUAAUAAUAUCAAUGAGUGUUUAACUGAUAUAUGUCGAAAUGGUGGAACUUGUACUGAUCUGGUAAAUGAUUAUAAAUGUGAUUGUAUAACAGGAUGGACUAGUAAAGAUUGUUCUGUUAAUUAUGAUGAUUGUUCUAGUAAUCCCUGUUUAAAUAAUGCUACAUGUCAUGAUUAUCUUAAUUAUUAUAACUGCUCCUGUCUCACUGGAUUUAGAGGAUUUACUAAUACAAACUGUAGUCUAAAUAUUGAUGACUGUGCCUUCCAUAAUUGUUCAUCUUUUCAACAAUGUUAUGAUGGUGUUAAUAGUUUUACUUGUGGCUGUCCUCCUGGCUAUGAAGGAUCACUUUGCGAUAUUGAUAUAGAUGAAUGUGCUGGGAAUAGAUGUCAGAAUAAUGCCAAGUGUAUUAAUGGUACUGGAGACUAUACAUGUGAAUGUCAAUUGACAUUAUAUAAUUUAACUCAAUAUGUACCUGGUAGUGAUUGUGGUCUGAAUAUAAAUGAAUGUGAAUCUGACCCAUGUCAGAAUAUGGGAACAUGUUUAGAUGGAAUUAAUGGUUAUAAUUGUUCCUGUAUUCCUGGUAUUACUGGCGCCAACUGUGAA